AUGGUGAGUAGUGUGAAGGAGCUGGUGGAGAAUCUGUUUGUGGAAUCACUCCGAAAAACGUUGCCAGAUGAGGUAGAUGUUGUUCCAAUGGUGGCUGCUUGUUUAAAUCAAGCACGCGGCCCUUUUCAGUGCAACAACGCAAUGAGCUUUUCUCAAAAGCUUAAGGAGGGCAAGAUGCCAGGGUUUAGUAACACCCGGGCCGUUGGACAAGCCAUCAUGGAAAAUCUGCCAGCAUCAGACAUGGUUGACAAGUGUUCUGUAGCUGGGCCUGGAUUCCACAGGUACAGAAUGCCAGCAGAUCAGUACACAUUCGGCUUCAACUUGGACGAGAAGGGUCACGCUGCUGUGUUUUGCCUGCACGCAAGGAUCUGUUUGAUUAUCAGGAAAUCUGGUAAGGACAUUGAAAACCUGAACAAGGUUGGGACAAUUGCUUUGGAUCAUCCUGCUGAACAGAUUUUAGGAUUUCAUUUGCUGCAAUUUUCGGAGGCGGUUCAAGGUGCGUGUAUGAAGAUGCUCCCAAAGAUAUUGCGCGAGUAUCUCUACCAUGUUCUACAAGAACUGUGA